AUGAAUGAAUUCACCAAGGCUCGAGAGGCCCAUGCGACGUUUCAUCAAAAUGCUCGAGGUCUACACAAGCAGUUCAACAUCACGAUGGAAGAAGCAAGAGGGGUGCCCUCCUAUGACCGGAGUCAGUUUAAGAAAUACAGUAAUGGGAGCUGUGAGAAUGAAACAACGGUUGAGAAGGCAUCCUUCCUGAGACCAUUGCAAUUCAAAAUUGGGAAAAGUGCCGGGAUUCAUAAAUUCCUUUACUUACCUGAGGCCCCUAAAUCUCUUUUGGGAAGAGAUUUAUUAGAACAAUUAAAGGCUGAAAUAAGAUUUAAAGAUGGAGAAAUUGAAUUUAAAAUACCAGAAGAUAACUACAUUGAAAUUUUAAGUUUGACUCUUACUGAACCCCAAAAUAAGGAGGAAGAAAUUGAUCCAGAAAUAAAGGAUCAAGUAUACCCAGGGGUAUGGGCCUCAGGAAUGCCUGGAAAGGCUAAAAAUGCAGAGUUGGUCACUAUCAAACUCAAGGAAGGAGCGCAACCUGUUAGGUUAAAACAGUAUCCCCUAAAGCUGGAAGACAGGCAAGGGGUGAAAAAUAUUAUAAAAGACUUCCUGAAAUUUGAACUACUAAUUGAGUGUUCUUCAGAAUAUAACACUCCUAUUUUGCCUGUCAAAAAGCCUGAUGGUAAAACCUACCGAUUGGUACAGGAUUUGCGGGCAAUAAACAGGAUAACGGAAGAUAUACAUCCAGUAGUGGCAAACCCAUACACCUUGUUGAGUAAUUUAAAGGAGACCUAUGAAUGGUUCACAGUAUUGGAUCUGAAGGAUGCAUUCUUUUGCCUCACCUUGGCCCCUGAAAGCCGCAAUUUAUUUGCUUUUGAAUGGGAAAACCCUGAUUCAGGGCGAAAAGCCCAACUUACCUGGACAGUGUUACCCCAAGGAUUCAAACACAGUCCUACAAUCUUUGGAAAUCAAUUGGCUAAGGAGUUAGAGGCCUGGGAAAGACCUCCAGGAAAUGGGACUCUUUUGCAGUAUGUUGAUGAUAUUUUAAUAGCCACAGAAAAAAAAGAAGAAUGUAAAGAAUGGACUGUGAGUUUACUGAAUUUUCUUGGACUAAGUGGUUACCGAGUCUCAUUACAGAAAGCACAGAUUUUGAAGAAAGAAGUACAAUAUUUGGGAUUUGUGGUUUCCAAGGGACAGAGACAGCUUGGGAAUGACCGGAAGGAAGCUAUUUGCAGGACUCCAGAACCAACUACGGUAAAAGAGCUUCGAACCUUUCUGGGAAUGACAGGUUGGUGCCGACUAUGGAUUCAUAAUUAUGGACUAAUGGCUAAACCUCUAUAUGAGUUAGUGAAAAAUAGCCAGACACAAUUAAUAUGGACUGAUGAAGCUAGGAGGGCAUUCAAAGAAUUGAAACAAGAGCUAAUGAGGGCACCGGCUUUGGGUCUGCCCGACAUAACCAAGCCCUUCUUGCUGUUCUCAUAUGAAAAGCAGGGGGUGGCUUUGGGAAUUCUAGCCCAGAAGCUGGGUCCCUAUAAGCGAGCAGUAGCAUACAUCUCCAAACAACUGGAUACAGUUAGUAAAGGAUGGCCAGGAUGCCUUCGGGCAGUGGCUGCGGUUGUUCUGAACAUUCAAGAAGCCCGGAAGUUCACUUUGGGACAAAAGAUGGUUGUGCAUACUUCCCAUGCAGUAACCUCUGUUCUGGAACAAAAAGGGGGGUAUUGGCUCUCACCAUCAAGGUUCCUGAAGUACCAAGUUGUCCUAAUGGAACAAGAUGAUGUUGAAAUUACUACAUCUGCCAUCAUUAAUCCUGCUUCUUUUCUGAGUGAUAAGCAGGAAAUGGAAGCCAUCACGCAUGACUGCAUAGAGACUAUUGAGACAGUAUAUGCAAGCAGAUCUGACUUGAAGGAGGAACCACUGGAGGAUGCUGAAUACACUUGGUACACCGACGGGAGCAGUUUUUUAAAAGAUGGAGUCCGCAUGGCAGGAUAUGCCAUAACCACCAUGGAUCGAGUAGUGGAAGCAAAGUCCCUCCCUAAGGAUACAUCUGCACAGCGAGCUGAAAUAAUUGCUUUAGUGAGAGCACUGGAGCUUGCUAAAGGUCUAAGAGUGAAUAUCUGGACAGAUUCAAGAUAUGCCUUUGGUGUAGUCCACGCUCACGGAGCUAUUUGGAAGGAACGAGGACUUUUGACGACCCUAGGAAAACACAUCAAGCAUGCAGAUAUGAUUCUGAGACUUUUGGAGGCUGUACAAUUGCCUUCAGCCGUUGCUAUUAUGCACUGCAAAGGACACCAGAAAGGUAACACUGCCCAGGGGGUGGGAAAUAAAUUGGCAGACUAUGAGGCAAAAAGAGCUGCGGAACGAGGUGAGGUAUUAAGUUUGAUUCCUGAGAAAACUUUGACACUACCUGAUUCAGUUGAUUAUGAUGAAAGGGAUCUUAAAUUGAUCAAAGAUUUGGAAGCAGAGAUUGAAUCGACAGGUUGGGCAAAAUUGAGAGAUAACAGAAUAGUGGUUCCUUUCAGGGUGUUAUGGAAACUGGUAAAAACAGAGCAUGACAAGACACACUGGGGAACUGGAGCUUUGUACAACUCUCUCACAAAACAAAUAGUAGCUAGGAAUCUGUUUCAAACUGUGAAGAGUAUGGUUGAUAGAUGUGAAACCUGCUUAAAAAAUAAUCCAAAGGUGGAGAAUCGAAUAAAAUUUGGAAGUAUUGAUAAAGGGAAUGUUCCAGGCCAAAAUUGGCAGAUAGACUUUUCAGAACUCCCUAGAAAGGGUGGGUAUAGGUAUCUGUUAGUAUUAACAGAUACCUUUUCAGGAUGGCCUGAAGCCUUCCCUUGUAGAACCAACAAGGCCCGAGAAGUCACAAAAAUUUUAUUAAAAGAAAUUAUUCCUAGGUUUGGAGUGCCAGAGGUGAUCUCCUCUGAUAGGGGAACACACUUUGUGUCACAAGUGGUUCAGCAAGUUAGUAAAUUAUUAGAAAUUAAUUGGAAGCUGCACACAGCUUACCACCCGCAAGCGAGUGGGCAAGUGGAAAAAAUGAACCAUUUGAUAAAGAAUCAAUUAAGUAAAAUUUGUCAGGAAACACAUUUGAGGUGGGAUCAAGUCCUCCCUAUUGCAUUAUUACGGCUCCGAGUUAAACCAAGAACUAAGGAAAAACUGAGUCCGUUUGAAAUUUUAUAUGGAAGACCAUUUCAAACUAGAUAUCAAGGACAAGAUCUCACUCAGGUGAUCCUCUUGAAGAAAAGUGGAGUGGCCCCUUUCAAGUUUUACUCACAACCUAUACUGCAAUCAAGCUUGAAAAACACGCUGCCUGGAUCCACUAUUCGAGAGUCAAAAGGGCGCCUAGUGGAUCAUGGAAAGCUCAACCUGUAG